AUGCAAUUGGUUGCUGAAUCAAAGGCGACGGUAAAAUUUGAUUUAUUGAUAAAAAUCCAUAAUUUAGGUCGUUCUUGCACUUGACAAGUGCUCUAGGACCAUAUGACUAAUUUAUACUUUUUCAUUUUUCCAUGUGUCGUUAUAUAUACAGUUUUUUAAAAUAAGAUGACAUCCUAACUUCAACAAAGUUAUAAACAAGAUGAAAACCACGGAAAAGUACUUCGUUUUCCUUUGAUUUUUGCUGCCUUUGAAAACCGUUAUGAUUUUGUUUUCAUUGUUUCAAUUUUUCCACACCAAUUUGGUAGGGAUGCUGACAGUGAAUGCGACUAAUUUUGAGGCAAAAUAAAUUCAGUUGACUUGCUUUAGCUGUUUACUUGUACUAUAAUUUUUUCAAAAAAACGCAUUUUAAAGAAUUUCAAAUGGAAACAAAACUGAAAAAUAAGUGACUUUUUGGAAGCUUGAGAAUUUCAUUUUGAGAGUUAUAUUAUUCUUAAAUAAAAAAACAUGAACAUUCUCAAAGAAGAAGAAAAAAAAUAAAAAAAAAUCAUGUUUUGGCGAACUCUAUUGAAAAAAGGAAACUAACUGAAUUGCGUGUUGCGUACAAAUGAAAACAGUAGAUGAAUUUUCCUUCUAAUUACCUUUUCCGACAACAUUUUUUUAUCGCUGUGAAAUGAUGAUAACCUGCAUUGCAGUGAGCGUCUUGCCGUAGAUUUAGAAUUGAAGUUUUAUUCCAUCAUCUCGUUCGAUCUGGCUAUAGAAAUAUUUAUACAGUGUAUGGUCACAUUCUAAAGCGAUAGUAGAGAAGGAGUCAAAUGAAUGUAUUUUUUUAAAACCCAUUGUCCCUUUGUUACCUAAAUUAUUAAUCGUGUCUCCGCGAAUUUAAAACAUCAUAAAGUAGAUAAAGUUAUAUUGACUUAAGGUACAACCAAUAGCAAUUCCAUCUUAAUUGGAUUAUAAAUUAAUAUUUAAAUUCUCGGUUUUGCACGAAACCCAAAAUAUCGUUGCCGAGAGAGGAGAAAAGCGCGCGAGUCAGAGUCUUUUAGUUUACCGAUUGUAAGGUUAUUCCACCUGCUGGCAUAUAGUGGCUCGCAACUUUCUUCGUCAUAGGCUUCAGUUUAGUGCCUUUUAAAAGAAUACUUUUGAAGCCUUGUUCGAAUGCCGUCCGAAAUGGAAGAAAGCAAUCUAGUUUCGAACCAAUAUCGGAAAAAAAGGCCUUAAGUUUUUUAAUUUUGAAAAUCCGUUUACAUUUUUUGACUUUCUAAGUUUAUAAAUUAUGCUCUUAAUUUGUCAGACGUUUGCACCAUGAUUGCGAAAAGGAGUAACUAUAAGCACAUAUUCCUUUAAUGAAAGAGAAAGCGCAGUGCAUGAGGAUGUACCAGACAAGAUGCUCUUGUUUUUGUUUGGUGACAGAUUUAAGGCUAUAUUCACGCUAUACCGGAUAACUAUUUCAAGCUAUGCGGUUUACCGCAUAGUAUGAACAGCAACGGCACAGAUCAGGAACAAGUCCCUCACUCACAUCAAACAACGAGCGGAACGUUUGGCCGAGAGGGUUUGGUGAACUGCCUCCCAGCCCUCGCCCCUAAACUUCCGUCUUAGUACAAUCCAGUCCUCUCUCUACUUAUUCACUUCCGCUACGGUCCAAAUGAACUGUCUACACUGCACCAAAGUGUGACACAGAACCUAUCAGAUAUGUGACGCGUCACUUUCGAGAUCUCAGCAGGCGCGGCGCAGAUUCGCUCCGUAACAGAAAUCGCGCCGAAAUCACCGUUCUUUUUAGUUUACAGAAUCCCUAUGGUUAUCAAAUCAUUUUACUUCUCAAUUAACUUCGGAAACGGCAAGAAAGACACAAAAGCUACUGUAUUCUUUCGAACCCUAGCCUGCGUAGUCUCCCUCGCAGGCGUCUUUUGCAUGUCACACAACGCUCCUCCAAAAGACCCUUGGGGAGGGUUGCGUAACAUUCAAAAAACGCCUGCGAGGAAGACUAUAGCCUGCGUUGCUGACGUAAUCUAACCACCCCUGCUAGUAAUGGAUCAUUAUACGUUUCUGGAAUACUGCCCACCUACCCCUCCCCUAAGUCAACAUUUUGCCCUAAGUGGAGAGUAAGUGUUUUCGUUAUCUAAGGAGAGGGGUAGGUGGGCAGUUUCCCAGAAACGUAUAAUUCCUAGUAACUGAUAUCUGAUGUGAAUUUGUCUGGUUCUUUAGGAUGUUGAUUUUUCUCGGUGUUGUCGUGAUGUAACAUGCCCAAGUGCAGCGAAAUCUGCCAAAGAAUUGUUAAUAAAAAUGGAGGGCAUUCAAACACAACUUCAAAACGAAGUCAUUUUGUGGAAAUUACGGCUUUUUCGUGGAAUCUGCACAGAGGAAAGCCGAAAACACUUUUACGAGCUGUUACAUCAGUUCACCACCUUAAAUGGGAUGCUGGAUUCCUUGAUUGACGGCGAAGUUAAGUACCUGGAAGACGUGGAUCAAAAGCUGCCGAAAAUUGAAGCAGCGGCAACAGAACAACUAGCAGAGGAAACCGAAACUACGCGGCAUCAAAGUCGAUAUAAAGAAGCUGCAGUGGUAAAUGCAUCUGAACUGAAACGUCAGAAAACGCAGGAAAAACAUUUAAGACGAAGAAAGAAGUUUUUCAGCAAGAUUCACGAACGCAGCGUAAAGUUGUUGACUGUAGUACUUAAUGAGGUUAAUGAGUGUCGCUCAAUGAUUGAAAUAACUUCCGCCAAGGCCCAUGAGGUGUCUCUAAACUGUAAGAUGGCACAGAACAGAACAGAAAAUACGUCUUUAUGUGUUCUGGAAGAAUCGCUAAAGGAACUUACUACAACAGCCUGA